AUGGCCGAUUUACCAAGUGACAAAGUUGAUGAAGCUAAACAAGUAUUUGAAGUGUUUGAUAAAAAAUAUGAAGGAAAAGUGGACAAUUUUUACAUUGGUGAUAUGUUAAGGUCACUAGGCUUAUAUGCAACAGUAGCCGAGUGUGAAAAACGAGGUCAAACAAAAAAAUCGGGUGAAAAAACAAUGAAAUUCGAAGAAUUUCUUCCCAUUUAUUCGGAAUUUUUUAAAAUGCCAGCAAAAACUUUUGGAACAUAUGAAGAUUUUAUGGAAGGCUUAAAAUUAUUUGAUAAAGAAUCAAAUGGUAUGAUGUCAUUAGCCGAAUUAACACAAGUUUUAGUCGCUAUGGCUGAAAAAUUACCCGUAAGUCAUGUUGAAGAAGUUUUACGCAGUACAGAAACAAAAGAAGAUGCCGAUGGUUUAUUUAAUUAUGAAAUAUUUGUAAGAAAAUUAUUACAAGGACCAUUUCCAAAUGAAGCUUAA